AUGACUUUCAGGACCCAGCUGCUGAACUUGAAUUGGUGCCCAAGCAGUUUACUCAUUGCAACCCUUGAUCUUCUUCGUUUGUUCUGUGUUGAAUGCCUAAUUCCGCAAAGCCCAGCCAACCUUGCCGCCCAUUUCCACAUCACCAAACCCUACACACAACGAACAGUCGCAGUCCCCCCUUAUUUGACUCCGAGACGUCAAGGCCCAAUGGCACCGACACCGUACUACGCGAGAGACACCCCAGCAUUCACCGGCUUCCAACCUGAACCUGCUGGACGAGGGACAGAGGGAAUCAUCUGGACCUGCCUCAGCACCAUCCUGCUUUCAUCCUGGAGCUCAUAUCACGGCAAUGCCUGUAAUCCAAACAAACCCUUCAAGGAGGAGGCUAUAAUGUCAUACGUUCUCAAAUUUUUCCUUGCAUUCCUCUUCCCUGAAGUGGCAGCACUUCUUAGUUUGGAUAAUCUGAAUACUGCCCUGCAACUUCGGAAAACAAUACGACAAGUGGGAGGAGCAGAAUUUGCCAACUUCAGCUUGACGCAAGCCUUUAUAUUUGUCAAGGAAAGCGUAUAUCAGAGGCCGCACACCUCGGAAGAGAUGGAGUGCAUAAGCCCAGAGGCGCUUGUCAAGCUUGUGAGUAGCGGCAGACUGUCUUUCUCGGGUUUACCAACAGACGACGAACUAGCCGAUAAGUCCAAGCGUGACUGGACACUCAAAUCACUCUCCAUAAUUCAGACAUUAUGGUUCAUCGCCAGCAUCAUUGCCCGCUUGUCCCGAGGGUACCCUGUGUCUCUAUAUGAGGACAUCACUGUGGCAAAUGCCUUCUGUGGCGUCGUUGAAUUUUCGUGUUGGUUACAUUGCCCUCAGGACAUCCGUCUGCCUUUUAUUCUUAAGUCGGGUAUUCCUAGGGCAGCAAACGGUCCAUCUACGACAGUCGACAGCGAGAAACCUGAGGGAGAAGCAACAGUUGAGGCAUCAUUACUUGUGUCCGAGCCCGCGACAACAGAAUCUGAAGCCUCGUCUGCACCUCAGUUGCCUGUGCUCGAGGACAUUAGCAUGGAUAGGAUGAGCAGAGAAUUACCAAGCAGCGAACACCCCCUUGUUACCCAAAAGACGAAUAAGCGUCGGGCUUCAUUUAUAACGCAACCCGCCAAAUUACUGAAGAUACCAGACAUGGUGAAGGUGGUCGUCUUCGCAGUCUUCUCAGUCUUAUUUGCUGGCAUUCACAUAGCUGCGUGGAACUACGGUUUCCUAUCCGUUGCAGAGGCAUGGAUUUGGCGAGGCAGUUCACUUGCGCUCACAGUAUUGGGUCUCUGCUUGCCCUUCAGCUUUCUAAUCAAAACAACACGUACAUCGCUCGACGCCAUAAGGCACCGUUUUGUGGUCAUCACUCUUGUGCUAUAUGCCUUAGUCCGUACCAUGAUGCUGGGUGUAGCACUCGCGUCUUUCCGAAAGGUACCCACGAGGAUGUAUGAAACUCCGUCGUGGACACAGUAUUGGCCGCAUAUCUGA